UACAAUUUAUAAGUUCUCUUUGAAAAUUAAGAAUAAGAAUUAAAAAUUUAUAUUUUACGACAAAUUUUUUCAAAUAAAAAUUUAUAUAGAAUAUUUCAGAACUUUCACACAUACUUGAAAGAAUUCCAGAAAAGAUGUAGACUUUUUUAGUGGUUUUGAAAAGUUUCAAUUUAUAUGAAAAAGAAAACAGAGAAAUAAUUUUACUUAAAAAGUUAUAAAAUUACAAAAAUUCUAAAGAAUUAUGUAAAUUUUAAAAUUUAAAGAAUCUAAGGUAUCGUUGUAUGGUAGGAAUAUUUGCAGAGCUAAAAAAUAAACCGAUGUUCAAGACUCAAGGAACCCAGAUCACCUUCAAUAUUUUACAUCAAUAUUAACAAUACAGGCUCAAUAAUAUUGUCAGUAUUUAUUGGUACUCACAGCAUUAUUCAUCGUGUAAUAGGUCCCUACAAGAGAUAUGGAUUUUCGAUUACAGGCACAGACAAUAGCGACCAACGUAUCGUCACAAGCUCAUCAUGUCUCUAGAAUGAAACGGGGACAAGUGAUCGGCUCCAUUCGAGGAUUUCGCGGAUGCACAAUUUGGCUAACGGGACUUUCUGGUGCCGGGAAGACUUCGAUUUCUUUUCAACUUGAGGAAUAUCUCAUUUCUCAGGGGAUUCCCGCGUACAGCCUGGACGGCGACAACAUGCGUACAGGUCUGAAUCGCAAUCUUAGCUUCAGCAAAGAGGAUCGCGAGGAGAACGUGCGCCGCAUCGCCGAGGUCGCGAAGCUUUUCGCAGACGCCGGCAUCAUUACCCUUUGCAGCUUCGUGUCGCCGUUCACGGCGGACCGAAGAAUGGCACGGGAAAUUCACGAGAACGCCAAUCUGCCCUUCAUCGAGGUGUUCGUCGACGCAUCCCUCCAGGUGUGCGAGGCGCGCGACGUCAAGGGGCUCUACAAGAAGGCGCGUCAGGGCAUCAUCAAGAGUUUCACCGGUAUCGAUCAGAAUUACGAAAUACCCACCAAGCCUGAGCUCGUUGUUAAUACGGAGAAUGCAACCGUUCAACAAUCUACUGACGUUGUCAUCGAGUUUCUCCAGCGCAGACAAAUUAUACCGAAGACAUGCGGACAACUCAAACAACCUGUUCUAGAGCUGUUCGUGAAGAAGGAUAGACUGGACGACGUCCGGGAGGAAAUAAAAACUCUUCCGACUUUGGAAAUCGGGAAGAUAGACGUGCAGUGGUUGCAAGUUCUCGCUGAAGGCUGGGCGACGCCUUUGAAGGGAUUCAUGAGGGAGAACGAGUAUCUUCAAGUGCAACAUUUCAACUGCCUGUACUACGAGAAGGACGUUCCGAUCAACCAAUCGGUACCCAUCGUUCUCGCCGUGAGCACCGUCGACAAAGAGCGUUGCUUCGACGCGGCCGCGCUUGUUCUCAGGUAUCAGGGCAAGAGCCUUGCCGUUCUGCGCAAUCCGGAAUUUUAUCGCCAUCGUAAGGAAGAACGUUGCUGCCGUCAGUUCGGCACGGAUGAUCCGGGGCACCCCUAUGUCAGAUUAAUUCGUGAUUCUGGUGACUGGCUGGUCGGCGGGGAUCUGGAGGUGCUCGAGAGGAUCAGAUGGGACGACGGGCUGGAUCAUUACAGACUGACGCCAAAUGAGAUCAGAACUAGAUGCCGCGAAAUUGGUGCCGACACGGUUUUCGCUUUCCAGCUGCGAAAUCCAAUACACAACGGACACGCGUUGUUGAUGCAGGAUACCAGGAGAUGUCUCGAGGAGUCCGGUUUCAAGAAACCAGUCCUCCUUCUUCAUCCCCUAGGCGGAUGGACCAAAGACGACGAUGUUCCCCUACCGGUCAGAAUACGGCAACACCAGGCCGUCCUCGAGGAAGGCGUCUUGCACGAGGACACCAUUCUCGCUAUCUUCCCUAGCCCUAUGUGCUACGCUGGUCCCACAGAGGUGCAGUGGCAUGCCAAGGCUCGUAUGAUCGCAGGAGCAAAUUUCUACAUUGUCGGACGGGAUCCCGCCGGCAUCCCACAUCCCGAUAAAUCUGCCACGCCGGACGGCAAUCUCUACGACGUCACUCACGGUGCGCGUAUUCUUUCGAUGGCCCCAGGUUUGCAGAAUCUCCAAAUUAUUCCCUUUAGAGUAGCCGCUUACGACACCAAAGUGAAAAAAAUGUCUUUCCUCGAAGCCGAACGGCACGAAGACUUUGUCUUUAUUUCCGGUACCAAAAUGCGGAAUUUAGCGAAAAAUGGUGAAGAUCCUCCCGAAGGUUUUAUGGCGCCAAAAGCAUGGGAAAUUAUCGUGAAAUAUUACCAAACGCACACGUAAUCGACAAGUAAAUUAACGAAAUAAAUCAUUAACAUUUAUUAUAUGUAUGAUAUAACAUAACAUUACUAUUGUCAUUAAUAUUGUACAAAAUAGUAAUAUAAAUUUAAUUUAAUGAUCAAUACAUAACAAAAUAAAAUAUGUUGGUAAAGCUAUGGAGCAGCAAAAAUAA